GCUCACACUACCCACCAAAUUCCGCACAUACUCUAAAGUUCACAAGAACUCUAGAUUAACACUCAUUUUCACGUUUUCAAAAGAAACGAAAAAGUUUUAAAUUUGUAACAAAGUCUAUUCACCCCCCCCUCUAGACUUUGUAUCUCACCACUUUGGGACCACCAAUUGGUAUCGGAGCAAACUUCUCACUAUCUACGUUUAGAUUAACGAGAAGCGAUCAUAAUGGUGAACAAUAUGGAUCAAGGUUUGCCCAUGUUUUCUCUUCUAGGUUAUGAUGAUUGGAAGAUCAUGAUGGAAGCACACCUCUACGCCCUACAUGAUUGCAUGUGGAUGGUGCUUGAGGAUGGACCCUUGAAAAUCCAAAUGGAGAAUCCUGAGAGGAAUCCAGCCACUCCAGAUGUAGUCCAGUACAUUCCAAAGCCCAACGAAAAAUGGGAUGAUAGAGAUUGCAAAAAGCACAAUCUGGACAACGUCGCCAAAGCAGCCAUCUUCAAGACACUUGAUCCCAUCCCCUUCUCCAAGAUCAAGCAUUUCAAGACUGCCAUGGAGAUUUGGCAAGGUCUUGGGAAGCUAUGUGAGGGAUCUGAGGAUCUGAGAAAGCAGAAGAUAGAAGUCCUGCUUGAGAAGUUUAAAAGCUUCAAAAUGCUUCCCGGAGAAUCAUUUGAUAUGUUGGAUGAAAGAUUCCACAAAAUCUUGAAUGAUCUUGCAUCACUUAACCACGUUCUUUCUCCCAAAGAAAAGAAUGUAAUGUUACUCAGAUCACAUCCAACCGAGUGGUACACCAAAGCCACAGUCAUGGAAGAAGGAAGAAAUCUGGAGAACUACACUGUCCAAGGUCUCCUUGAUGAACUCAGAACCUAUGAGCACGAGCUAAAGAAGAAGAAGGAAGAACAAGUCACUCCCUUCCCCACGGCAUUGAUGACAACUCCAAGAGUCCCAUCAACAUGCCCGUACCCAAAGGUAGAGAAGUACGGAGAAAGAGAAAGGAACGAGAAGAAAAAGAAGGCAAUGGUUGCUGCUGAAAGUGACGAGUCAUCCAGCUCAAGCUCGGAUGAAGAAGCCCUCGUCUGCAUGGAGCGCAGAGCUGAGAAGUCCAACCAUAAGGACCGGUGGACUAUGUCAGAAGAUGACACCCUCUGCCUAAUGGCCAAAGAUGAUGCUGAUCAAGAGGUGAAAUCCCUUAACAAGGAGCUAGGGAUACUUAAGUCGAAAGAAGUAGUGGAUAAGCUUCUUGAAACGACCAAACAUAAGGGUCGUGAAGGACUUGGGUUUGACCCCUCCAGUUCCAAAAGGAAAGGGAGAACAACUUUCAUCCCUCCUAAACCUACUGCCAAACCAAAUAGGCAGAAAGGAAAGGAAAAAGGAGAAACCCACAGAAGUUCCCAAAAAGGUAGUCCAUCAUAAGAACUAUAGGAAGCUGGACAGACCUCAAAGAGGAAAUAAUUUCAGAAGAAAACCUUCUAAUCCCCACUAUACACAAGGCUAUACUCACUAUGGGGUAGAUAGGAGUUUUCUGAGAAAUUCUGAGUGGAGAACUAUGCCAAGAUAUAGUCAUCCUCCACCCCAGAAAUUAUUUGUACCACCUAAGUAUGCUUACAACCGUCACAGGUCACUGAUGAUUGAGUUUUUCGGUAUGUCAACCUUCCCAAUGAAGGGUUAGUUUUCUC